UACCGGACGGAUUUUCUCUCUCUCCCUCUUUCGAGCAACAGGCACCAGGCAGAUGGUCCUCGUCCUCCAACGGUUUUAACUCCCUGUCUUCGUCGAGUACAAACUACGGGAGAGGAGUGCAGAGCGGUUGGUCCUGAAUGAUCGGACGACAUCCCGGUGGCCGAGUAGAGAUAACAUCGCCUACCAUUGGGAACGAUGCACUUGCUGCCUUGGGGACUCGUCUGCUGCCAAUGUUUCGUUGUACGUUAUCCAAGACAGCAAGAAAUCCGAGUGAUUACUUCUCCAAGCGGGAACUACAUCACCACAUGAAAUUUAUUGCUUUUCGUCAAGCAUAACUCAGAAAGAACACUUAUUCGACUUCUACAAUUGAUUUGACGAAUGCAUUCCAUCAAGUAAUGAAAGCUAAAACAAUUGUUCAAGAAAAUUUUUUCCCAUAUUCCAUCUUCAAUUAACUUAUUAUUCUGCAAAUUUAUCAGUAUAUGAUCGACAGCUUUUAGCGACCAUUUUUAUUUUAAAUUAGUACAAUUACAGCUUCCAAAUUAGUUUUAAAAAGUGCUCAUUUAUAUAUUACGGAAAACAGCAGAUGUAGUAAUGCUACUUCAUUUAUUACAUGUUAUCGUUUGAGGGGAAAAUAUAUUUCUGAUCUAGGUUAAGAUCAUUUUACUGUCAAGUUUUUAAAAAAUAUUUUCCGAAUUUGAAUGGAAGUUUAUAAUGUUCGACAUCAAGAAAUUACUUGACUUGAAAAGUUAAAAACAGUAUGAAAUUAUUAUUUAUGUGUUUAUUACUUUAAUACUUAGAACCCUUUGCCGAAAUGUCAUGAACUAGUGUUAUAAAAAGAGAUUUUUCUCAUUUCGUUGACAUUAUUAGUGCAUUUACUUUCCUGUCCCAUCAACCAUAUAUUAUUUAUUGCCCCAUAUUAUUUAUAGAACCAUCAUAGAAGAACUUCAACAAAUCAUUGAAGACUAUAAACAUAUUUUGCUUUUCUCUGCUAGAGGUUAUUUUUUGUUUGCAAACUUAAGUUCAUGCAGGCAUGAAUUCAUGGAAAAUACAUUUUUAUUCCUGAAUGAUAUUUUUCAAAAGUUAUUUAACAAGGAAAAACAUUCUGCCUUCCCCCAAUCAAGUACAUUCGCGUAUAUCAGUUUUUGACUCGUAGUUUGCUAUUUGCAGAAAAUUCUGUUGUCGAAAGAAUGAAAAAGAAUAGAAAACUUCAUGUGUUUGAUGUUUUGUGAAUUAAAUCUUGUAUAUGUGCUGCAUGUAAAGAACAAGAGAUAAAGUCCUUAAGAAAACAAGCAAAGAGAAAAUAUUUUAAAUUAUAAAUAUUUCAUAUCUGGAUGUGCUUUUACUGACCGUUUGAAAAGAAGGAAAAAAAUCGGUUUUUGUUGUCCAUCCUCAGAAAUGAAUUAAUCUUUCUUUUAGAAAACUGGUAACAAAAGAGGUGUACGAUUAAAGACCAACUUAAAAAAAAAAAAAAAAAAAAAUUCUGAAAGCUAAUUACAGCUGCGAAGAAAAAAACGUAACAUUUUCAAAAACAAAAAGUCAAAAACAUUUCUCUGUGUCGCUAUCGGAGAAAAGCCAUCAGAAGCAAAAAGGGGAGAUAAAAAAAGUUGAGCGGAGCGGAGAGAGAAAAAUAAAACUUUAGCGAGUGAAAGGAAAAAGAAUUCCGCAACUUCAACCAUGCUGAAGUUCGCCAGCUGAGGCGACCGCUGCCGAUCUUGGCGCGAGGUCGUCGCCAAGGCAACCGCGCCAUGAGGCUGUUCAAGCGAUCGAGCGCCUCCCCUCCGCAGCUGGUACGCUUGUCGAUGCUAACUGAGGGUGGAGAAGCGAUAGGCAGCACGGCCGCGCCAGGAGUUAGGCUGUCUCUUCCGAGCUGCUUCAGCGAAUGCAACAUAGAAGAGCUCAUGGCGUCGACGGGGACGCCCAAGAUCAAGAGGGGUUUCCCGUUUCCGUGGCUGAGCAGGAAGCACAACGCGCCCAAAAAGUACGCCGUCAAUCCGGCACAGCAUGACGAGGCGCCCAUGAGAUCUGCCGUGUCUCAACUCUCCCUCAACGACUACGCCCCGCAGUGGUCCCUCAAGACGUUCCAGACUGCGCCCUUUCCGGACGAUGCCGGGUAUCCCAGCCUGGAGAGCUUGAACAACAACGACUACCUCAACAACAACGUGUCCGGUAAGGAUCCGGCCAUGUACCGCAGCGUGUCCACGUCCGCCCUGUUGGAAGAUCCCAAGGAGUUCCUUGUCAACAUCGAUGUCUCCAAAACUGACGAUCUUCGGGAUAAUUUCAACGUCCGCACGUCUUCGGACGUAAGGACGUGUUCCAGGAACGACGACCAUAUCCAGAACAAUUACAACGUGCGUGCCUUUCCUAAUAUGAGGACUGCUUCCCUAAACGAGGCAAAUAUCCAGAACAGUUUCAACGUCCAUGCUUUUUCGGACUCGAGGGUGUCUUCCGGAACCGAAGACAACGUUCAGAACAGCUUCAGUGUCCACAUCACGUCCAAGAACGACCCCGUCCGCUCCCCGGGGGGUUACGUGGCCAAUGAUGGCUACCGACUGACCCUGAGUUGCGAGGAUCUCAUCGAUUCGUGCGCAGAGGAGGGCGAGUGUCCGCCAGGGAGCGUUCCCGGACAGAAAGCCGCAGUUCAGCAGCAGCUAGGAACCGUGCUGGAGGAAGAAGCGUUUCUCGAUCCGGCAAUUCCGGCAGACACGGAGAGUCUAGCCAGCUCGAUUCAGCAUCGAUCCGACGAAUCCGGCUACGAGAGCGAUGGCACCAAGAACGGCAACGACGAGCACUCGCUGCCCGACACGGCCUCGCGGUCCGACACGCACGUUCAGAAAUUCGCCGCCCUAUUCCACAGACUCACGAGCGUGAGUUUGACAGACUCGUCCAAGAGAGAUGAACCGGCCAAGUCGGGACCGACCAAAUCGUACGAAGCGAGGAGUCUGCGCCUGCGGACGCCCGCCAUGCUGUCCGGCUUGGUGCAGAGACAUUCCGGGAGCAAGACCCCGUCGCCGAAGGACCCGUUUCCGCCCGACCCGUCCCCCAAAUCGGAGGACGGCAAGAAAUCCGCUUCCGCCCGUCUCGGCCAGUUCAAGGCCUGGACGCUGGACCGGAAGUUGUUGCGAAGCCGGUGGAAAAAGACGGCGCUGCCAGACGACAAACUGGACAUCAGCGUGCCCGUCCGGCGCGGUAGCAUUUUUCAGUCCUCUUUGUUCCCUUCGUCCGACUCACCCGUCUCCCACCAGCCGCUGGAGACAAAAUCAUUACCGACUUUGUCCGACGUGCCGGAUUGCUCUCUCUCGAACUGUGGUGAUCUCAACUACCAACUGCGCCUGAAGAAGGCCGGAUACAAGAGCACGUCCACGUCCAGCACCGCUGCGCGCAGGAGACUGUGGCUGCAAUCGCAGCUGUCCGGCUCCGACGGCGAGGACCCCCUGUCGCCGGAAUCGGAGGCCUCCACGCCGGACGUAUCCCGGAGGAUACCUUCCCAGUUGGACCUGCAUGAGAUUGUGUCGGUCGACCUGCAGAAGGACGAACAUGGUGAACUAGGCAUCUACAUCACGGGAUGCACGGACUCAGAAAAGGGUGUUCUGGGAUACAUCAUCGUAGACUUCGAGAAAGCGGGUCCGGCAGAAAGGAGUGGAAAACUGCUGAAAGGCGACGAGCUACUGAUUGUAAAUGGCCAACAGUUACAAGGGGUGAGCUUGGAAGAGGCAAGAAGACUCCUGAGGGUACCUGAAACAGAAGUACACCUGCUGGUAGCCAGAGAAUUGUCUGACACCAUGUGCCUAAAAGAGGACGCCCGUCUGCCUCCUGUACCUGAACUGCAUGAGACUGCUGACCGUUGUCCACGACUCCGCCACUGGACUUCCGACGUCACACCUCGAACAGAAAACAGGUGUUCCGAUCCUCCCUCGAGGGACAAGGCGGAUGGUGAAAGGAUGGGAAGUGGCGGCAUCUGUACGCUCCCCAGGCGCCCCAAGUCUUCCCAGUUGUCUUUACGCACUGUGGUGUUCGAGAAGGGUCCUGGACGCAAGAGCCUCGGGUUUAGUAUCGUAGGUGGCUCUGAUUCACCCAAGGGUCAGCUCGGUUUCUAUGUCAAGACCAUCUUCGCCAAUGGACAGGCAGCAGAGACGGGAUGUCUCAGGGAAGGUGAUGAGAUCUAUACUCUAAAUGGCCAAAGUUUACAAGGAUUGUCACAUUCAGAAGCAAUUGCUGCUUUCAAGAAAAUCAAACAAGGUCCAGUCAUUCUGCACAUCGGUCGACGCACAAACAAAAAAAGUUCAUCGUUCUGUGAGACAACUAGCAAGCUAGAGAACAACAAUUCUAAGUCAUGUAGCACGCUAGACAAUAUCUAAUGGGACACUGUCUGUGCCUUUUACUUUUGUUAGCCAUUUUUCCAAUUUUGUAGUCUGUUUGCUACAGCUACCAUGCAAAAGUAUUCCUGUAAAUAAAGUACAAAUCCAACAUUUC